GACAAACACUCUCAUUAACAUUCUCUUCUCAGUGUUGUGCACUUUUCGACUUUCUUGAAUUCUCAGUUACAUUCAUAAUCAGUUAGUCUUUCUCUCCUCCACUUUGUUCUUUAUUGAAGAAAUUUUGUUCUGCAACAGGAGUUCGUUGCUUCUUGAUCCACAAAGUUGAUACAAUGCAAAGAAACUUAGUACAUGAUCCACAAAUUUACGGUUAUCAUCAUCACAUCUUUUGCAGUUUUUGCGAGACUCGGAUUGCACGUGUCGAGGAAUACAUUCGUAAUGCGCGGGACUUAGAGUAUGGAGGGUACUUUACGAAUUUGAGAAAUGUUGUUACAAUAGAACAAGCGACUAAUCAUCUGCAUGGAAAUACCCAACUAAUCAGAUACAACACUUACUGUAUGCAUUGUCAUGUGCUACUUGGGUGGCAAAUUGUUGAAAGCAUCAAACCGUCCGAGUAUUUUGCUACAGGAAGAUUCUUUAUGAAAGCGGACCUGCUUAUGUACCGGAAUCGUGUGACAUUGCGUCAAUAUCUCUUUAGAAGCGCUAAUGCACAGGCUGUUAAUAAUCAAGAUGCUAACGCUGACCAAGAUGGAGGAGCUAAUGUACAGGAUCCUAAUAAUCAAGUUGGAGGUGCAGAUGGACAGGCUCCUAAUGAGAAAAAUGCUGAUCAAGUUGGAGGCGCUAAUGCUGAUAAAGAUGGGGGUACUAAUGAACAGGUUCCAAAUGAACAAGAUGUAGGCGCUUAUGAUCAAGUUGGAGGUGUUAAUGAUCAUGAUGGGGACGUUAACAAACAGGUUCCUAAAGAACAAAAUGUAGGCGCUAAUGAGCAAAAUGCUGAUCAAGAUGAAGAUGCUAAUGAACAGAAUCAUGAUCAAGAUGGAAGCCUGACAGCGAAACGGAGGAAGAUGUAGAUCUACUGGCUGAUGGAACAGAUAAUAUUGAUGAAAAUGCACACAAUGAUAGCCUAGUUAUGCUGAUCAAAAUGCAGAAAGAUGCACAGUUUCUGAAUAGAAUCAGAAUUCAUACUUCACAAAAUGUUAAUUCAUACUUGUGUGAUAUUCUUUUUCCCCUUACUUCUUCAGGUUGGAACAUAGCGAUUGACACCGAACUUUUUACAUGUUUGAGCUCUGGAACAACAUGUUUUAUCUUGAAGCAAGUUAACUGUUAGAGAUAUA